AGUGCCUCUUACGCACCCAGACGAUCGCCCGGAAGUCCUCCUCAACCGUUCACCCGUCGAUUGCCUCCUCCGGGCACACGUGAAUACGUCCUGUUGACCGUUAUUGUCGCCUCUAUACAUGUGUAUCCAGCUUCCCCGUCGAAUUUACUUCGAACACGCUUGAACGGACUCUGCUCACAAGGCAAGCUAUUGCCAUGUCUGCUAUCUCUCGACACGAAGACAUAUACACUGAAACGCGUCCUAUCACCACCCAACGGGUGAAGUUGAACAGCACCACACCCUUUACGCCGACUUACGUCAAGGAUCAUGUACUGAGAUCUGCAAAUCCUAUCCAGACCUACGCAAGUCGGGUGAAGGGCCGCCAGAUACUCCUCGAAAAUCCCGCGGGAACCAGCAGAACGAAACGGCUACGUGAGGAUAAGAAGGCGAGGCGAUUGUCGGACAAGGCAAAGAAGGCAACGGGGGCUGCUCCUCGCAGAGAUGUUCGACAAGCCUCGUUCUGGCGGCUCAAGCAACAGGAGACCAAAUUCCAGCUGUUUCUGCCGUUACAUGCGCUAUGGAUGGGCUACAUGACAGAGCUUCUUGCGCUUCCGCCUGCGCCUUCAGGUGCAAACAACCAACCUAUUACCGAGGCUAUUCCAAAUUCGGCAGCUAUGCACGCAAAAUUGGUCAAGGCCGACUUCCAUGGUUCUAUAAUGGCCGUGCGACAGAGCAAGAAUCCUUGCCUCGUCGGUCUCUCAGGCAUCGUCAUCCACGAGACCGAGAAUGCCUUCAAAAUCGUCACCCGAAACAAUCAGCUGAAAUUGGUUCCGAAGCAAAACUCGGUAUUCGCAUUCGCUGUCCCACUCUACGCUCGAGGCGAUCCGCCCGAGCAAGGCAUCUCCGGAAUGACCGCACCAGAUAACAGCGCGGCCUUGGUCCCGGUGGAUGUGGGGAGCACGCAUGCGGAUCAUGCGAGCACCGUCUUCGACUCGCCCUACUUAGAGUUCGAACUGCAUGGGAACCAGUUUUGCUUCCGUGCAGCUGAGCGUGCGGGCAGGAAGUUCAAGCACAAGGAAACCAUCGAGCUAUGAUGAUCCGACGACCCGUUUAGUGCAGCUGGUGUUCCUAUUGCUCAUAUCUUGGCUAUCCCGGUCCGAAGGCACGAAGAACCGCGGCUGAGGGGUAGCAAGCGGAGGUCGGAGCUCAAGUUGGCGUUCCGUAUGUUGAUUGACAGGGACGUGCGCGCGUACGAUGAGGGAAGACAGCUGUAUUGUACACGCCUACAUGACAAUGGACGGCAUCGUAGUGGAUACGAACCU